AUGAGGCGAGGUGCACGUGCUCCCGUGUCGAGACGUGGUGCAGAACGACCACGCAAGAGGACGUUGGAGUCCCUGGCAGCAGAGUCGCCAGAGACGUCUGCUGGAGUCGAGCCUGCUGGUCAAGGACAAACUCUGCAUGGUUCUGCGGGUGCGUCGGGUUCUCAGACUCCGAUGGUUUCAGAGGUACCUACCCUGACCAUACCCAUCGUACCCACUCCUACGAUAUUUACGGUACCACCAGCGGUACCACUAGCAUACCCGGCACCUACUCCGGUCGAGCUCACUACGUACCCGGUACCACCGCCACCACUGCUUACGGCAUACCAGGCACCAUUGCCACCGGUGCCCACUACAUACGUGGCACCCGCAUCAGCAGCAGUAGUUGUUCCACCUCCGGUACCACCACCCAUCAAACCUCUUACCGCGCCCACCUAUGCUGACCCUGCAAUGCCACCAAAGACACCUGCCUCAUUCUAUGCAACAGCACCGGGGAUACCUCCCCCGGCCUAUGCAGCGGUACCACCUGUUAUACCAGCUCUAGUGGUUCCAUCAGUUCCUGCAGCCGUCCCUACUCACCUCACUGAUAUAGUCACGACACGAGCCUGGAUCCCAGCAUUGGCAGAGUCGAUGAAGAAAUUAGUUGCUGAGGACAGUUCGCGUAUGCAUCAGUUUAUUCAGGGACUGGAUGGACAUCUGCAAGUAAAGCUUGCCGAUUUUGGGAGUCCAUCCUACAUAGAGACACUGGACAGAGCCCUGAUGAUAGAGUCAGCUCAACAGAGAGCGUAUCCAGAUAAGAAAAGGAAGUAA